AAGUCAAAGACUCCCAGUAUUGCUGGUGAAACACCUGAUGUCAAGGAUAUUGAGAAAUCUCCUAGCGUAACAAGUAUUCCAGCAGAGUCUAAGGAUAUAUCAGACAAGUCAAAGACUCCCAGUAUUGCUGGCGAGACACCUGAUGUAAAAGAUAUUGAUAAAUCCAGGUCCCCUAGUGUAGCGAGUAGUCUAGCUGAGCCAAAGGAACCGACGGAUAAGUCUAAGACACCAAGUAUUGCUGAAGAUAUUUGUGAUCUGAAGGAAAUCGAAGCAAAAGAUACUGAGAAAUCCAGAUCUCCUAGUGUAGCGAGUGUCGCAGAUGAACCGAAGGAUAAAUCUAAAUCGCCUAGUAUCGCUGCUGAUUUGAAAGACGUGGAUGAGAAAAAAACAGAAAAAUCUAGGUCACCUAGUGUUACAAGUGUUCCAGGGGAAGCUAAAGAGGUUUCGGAGAAGUCAAAGACUCCCAGUAUUGCUACACCUGACUUGAAAGAUGUUGAGAAAUCUAGAUCUCCCAGCGUAACAAGCGUUCCAGCUAAAUCGAAAUCUCCUAGCAUUGCUGGUGAGACACCUGACUUGAAGGAAGUUGAAACGAAAGAUGAAAAAUCUAGGUCUCCUAGUGUGACAAGUGCUGCAACUGAGCAGAAAGAAUCGCCGGAUAAAUCUAAGACACCGAGUGUUGCUGGCGAGGCAUCUGAAUUAAAAGAUGUGUGCACGAAAGACGAUGAGAGGUCCAGAUCUCCUAGUGUUUCGACCGAACUGAAAGAGCCAACUGAUAAAUCAAAGUCGCCUAGCGUUACUAGCGAGAAAGCUGAUUUAGCGGAUAUUGAUGCAAAAAGUGGCGAAAAAUCCAGGUCUACUAGUAUUACAUCUGUUGUAGGCGAACCAAAGGAAAUAACCGAUAAAUCAAAGUCGCCCAGUAUUGCCGGAGAAAUUCCUGAUUUGAAGGAUGUCGAACCGAAAGAAAUAGAAAAAUCUCGAUCUCCUAGCAUCACGAGUGUUCCAACUGAAGUAAAAGAUAAAUCAAAGUCUCCUAGUAUCGUUGAUGAGACACCUGAUGUGAAGGAUGUUGAGAUGAAAGACGCUGAGAUAUCUAAGUCUCCAAGUAUACAGGCGGACACUGUGGAUAAAUCAAAAUCACCUAGCGUUGCUGAUGAAGUGCCUGAUUUAAAGGAAGUUGAGACAAAAGACACCGAGAAAUCUAGAUCUCCCAGUAUCACGAGUGCUGCAGCAGACAAGUCCAAAUCACCGAGCCUCGCCGGAGAGGCGCCCGAUUUGAAAGACAUUGAGAAGUCCAGGUCUCCCAGUGUAACAAGCAUACCGGCUGAAGCAAAGGAUGCGUUGGAUAAAUCGAAGUCACCUAGUGUUGCUGGCGAGACACCAGAUUUGGGGGAAAUCGAGGUUAAAGAGCUAGAAAAAUCUAGAUCUCCCAGUGUAACAAGUGUCCCGGCUGAGGGAAAAGAGCCAUCGGAUAAAUCGAAAUCCCCUAGCAUUGCUGGCGAAACACUCGACUUGAAGGAUGUUGAGAAAUCCAGGUCUCCCAGUGUGACAGAUGUUCCAGCGGUAGUUAAAGAAUCGGAUAAGUCGAAGUCGCCCAGUAUCGCCGGUGAGACGCCUGAUUUAAAGGAUGUCGACAAGUCUAGAUCACCUAGCGUACCGAGUGCUCCUACGGAAUUGAAAGACGCGUCAGACAAUGUAACGAGUAUUUCGGCGGAGCCGAAAGAACGAACAGACAAAUCGAAAUCGCCUAGUAUCGUUGGCGACGCUGCUGAUUUGAAGGAGAUCGAAACUAAGGAAAUUGAAAAAUCUAGGUCUCCAAGUGUGGUUAGCGUUACAAUUGAGUUGAAAGAUAAAUCCAGGUCUCCCAGUAUUGCUGGCGAAGCGUUGGAUUUAAAGGACGGGGACUCUAAAAUCACUGACAAAUCUAGGUCACCCAGUGUAACGAGUGCUCCGGCAGAGGCGAAGGAUUUCUCGGAUAAGUCAAAAUCUCCCAGCGUUGCCAGUGAUAUAUUGGAUUUGAAAGAUGUCGUAGAGAUUGUGGACAAAUCUAAAUCUCCAAGUGUAGUAGAUGUUUCAGCAGGGCUGAAGGAUGUCGCGGAUAAGGCAAAAUCACCCAGCAUCACUGAAGAAGCAGUUUGCUUCAAGGAGUUCGACGUAAAGUCAAUUGACAAGUCUCGGUCUCCCAGUGCAACAGACGUCGCAGCGGAACCAAAGGAAGCAACAGACAAAUCCAAGUCGCCUAGCAUCGCCGGCGAGAUACCUGAUUUGAAGGAUGUCGAUAAAUCCAGAUCUCCAAGUAUACCGAGUGCUCCGGUAGAAGUCAAGGAUGCAUCAGAGAAGUCAAAAUCGCCCAGUAUUGUUGAGGAGACGCCUGAUUUGAAAGAGGUUGAAGCUAAAGAUACUACGAAAUCUAGAUCUCCUAGUAUAUCUCCAAGUGCUCCAAUGGAAUCUAAAGAUGCAUCGGAUAAAUCAAAGAGUCCUAGCAUAGCUGGCGAGACACCUGAUUUAAAGGAGGUCGACGCGAAAGAAACUGAGAAGUCUAGAUCUCCUAGUGUCGCGUCAGAAUCUAAAGAU